AUGGAGGAGCUCUCUAAUUCAGUUAGAUUCAUCUCCGACAAACUCGAUGAAGCAAACAAUUGUAUGAAAGAUAUGUCAGCCCAGUUCGCGGUUAUAAGGAAAAAUAACGAAGAACUUAGAGCAAUUAAUACUGAUCUGACGAAGGAAGUGGUGGUUUUGAGAGACAGAGUGAGAUCUAUUGAACAAUACUCAAGAAGGGACAACAUAGAAGUCAGUGGUCUGCCUGUGACGAAGAACGAAGAUGUUGUCAGCCUUGUGAAAGACGUCGCAGCAGCCGUCGGCAUAAUGAUUCGGGAGGAUGACAUCUCGACAGCACAUCGGGUCCCGUCGUUCAAGAAAGAACGUACGCCAUCGCUCAUAGUAAGAUUCGCCCGAAGAUCGACACGAGACAGCAUCCUCGCCAAGUACAGAGAGAAGAGAGGAGGAAUGACUGCACGUGAUGUCAACCCUACUUUCCCCCAACAAGGGUUGUAUAUCAACGAACACUUGUCCCAUGAUAACAAGGUAUUUUUAUCCAAACUCAAAUCUAAAUGUAAGGAUAUAGGCUACGCCUAUGCUUGGUGCAGGGACGGGAGGUUUUUCGUGAGGAAAACUCAGAGUGACAAAUACAAAAGAGUUGACACCUAUGAAGAACUUGAUAAACUUAAGUAA